UACUAUUUUGAGGGUUACCUUUUCUAAGGCAUAUUUAACUUUUUUACCUACCACGAAGGCCUAAGGCCUAAACACCCAUUGGGUACCGUGGGGCUAUAGGGGGAUACAGGGGAAAGGGGGAACGCCACACGGGCGAGGGAACACGUGUGCAUGCAACAUGCACACAUUCUGGCUCCGCCUACGAGAUCCGCCGGGUGGUAUCUCCACGUUCGACAGUCAGAGACCGUCUACCACCUACGGACAAUCACAACAUCCAUAGACAAGAGAAAAAGCGCACGGCGACUGAUCAGGAGACCGUAGAGUCUACUACAGCGGCCA